AUGCCAUUUCAAAACACAAAGAAUAAACAAAUUUUGCAUGAUAUUACGGGUAUAUUCAAGUCAGGAAUGAAUGCGAUUCUUGGCCCGUCAGGGUGUGGGAAAUCAUCAUUAUUGGACGUUCUAGCUGCUCGAAAAGAUCCUGAUGGUCUAUCUGGAACAGUGCUGAUUGAUGGUCAGACGCGUCCAAAUGAUUAUAAAUAUCGCGUUGGUUAUGUCGUACAAGAUGAUAUUCUCAGUGGUACAUUAACGGUAAAAGAAAAUUUAGCUUUUUCAGCUAAUAUUCGUUUAUCAAAAACUGUAAGUAAACAACAGAAAGCAGAUGUUGUCAAACGAGUCAUUCAUCAAUUAGCAUUAGAAAAAUGCGCUGAUACCAGAGUUGGUUUGGACUCAAGUACAGCUAUUAAAGUGAUGAAACUUUUACAUGAAAUAUCGUUAAACGGCUGUACAAUCAUAUUUUCUAUACAUCAACCUCGUUAUAUGAUUUAUAAAUUAUUUGAUCAAAUUUUACUUUUAUCAUUGGGACUAUGCAUUUAUCAUGGACCAGCUCCCGAUAUUUUGUCAUAUUUUUCAGAAUCACUAGGCUUUAUAUGUGAACAAUAUGAUAAUCCAUGUGAUUUUCUAUUGGAUAUUGUACAAGGUGAUCGACAUUCAUCAGUAAUAUUGAAGAAUAGUGUAAAGGAGGAUGAUAAAGAAGAAGACAAAAAAUUAACACAAAACAAACUCGCUGAAACAUUGAAUAACAGAUAUUUAAAAUCUUAUUUAUGGGCAUCUGUUCAACAAGAAACGGAUAAUUAUUUUAAUCAUCCUUCAUCAGAUCAGAUUUUAUAUGAAAAAUUACCGAAAAAAUGUCGAUUUAAUGAAUUAUAUUAUGUAUCACAACGUGUUCUACGAAAUCUUGGUCGAAGUCCAACCGUGAUCAUAAUACAAAUUGGUGUUAGCAUCGUAUUUGCUAUUCUUUGUGGUCUGGUAUUCCUUCGUAUUGAUCAUACACUGGAUCAAGGUGUUAGACAACGUGCCGGUGCUUUAUUUCUUAUUACAACAUUUCAAGUCUUUGUUAAUUUAAUUUCACUUGAAUUAUUUUUGAAAGAACCUACUGUCGAUGUGUUUGCUGUAGCUAAUGUCAUUCUUGGCAUGAUUUAUUUAAUUAUGAUGAUCUUCAGUGGCUUUAUAGUUGAUCUUACAAGUAUCGUUGCUGCUUUAAAUUGGCUGCAAUGGUUCAGCAUAUUUCGCUAUGCACUAUAUGGUUUGAAUAUUAAUGAAUUUACAAAUCUCAACUUAUGUGCUACUGUAGCAAACAAUACCACUAGCAUAUGUUCAUAUCGUGGAGAAGACACGUUAAUAGAACGUCAUAUUGAUUUUGAAAGUGAUUGGGAUCUGUGGAAGAAUUUUCUUGCACUUGGAAUAAUGACUAUUAUUUAUUUAAUUCUUACUUAUAUACAAUUGCUUCGAAUUAAAAAAUACAAGUAA